AUGGCAUCAUCUCAACUUAGUGUCUUUGGGGGCUCCCAUUCUGUUCUUGGCAUAAUGGACAUGGCCAAGAAACCAGAAACUGGAAUACCAGAAAUGUAUAUUCGCCCACAAGAACCUCCAAUUUCAUCUCAUGAAACCACUCCCUCUUUAACCAUUCCCGUUUUUGACUUGAAAACCUUGCUGUGUGGAAAUGCUAGAGACACUGAACUAGACAAGUUGUUCACAGCAUGCAAAGAUUGGGGUUUCUUUCAGGUGGUGAACCAUGGUGUUAGCUCUCAACUGCUAGGGAAGCUGAAACUCGAGAUUGAUAAUUUUUUCAAGCUUCCGAUUGAACAGAAGAAAAAAUACAAAAUCAGACCAGGAGAUGUUCAAGGUUACGGAACUGUGAUCAGAUGUAAAGACCAAAAGCUUGACUGGGGGGACAGAUUCUACAUGGUGAUCAACCCUGUUGAAAGAAGAAAGCCAUAUCUUUUCCCUCAGCUCCCUCCAUCACUCAGGGAUACCUUGGAGACAUACAUCAUGGAAUUGAGGAAACUUGGCAUGACACUUCUUGGAUUACUAGGAAAAGCCAUAGGCAUGGACAUGAAGGAAGUGGAUAAGUUUUUUGGUAAUGGUAUGCAAUCAUUGAGGAUGUCAUAUUAUCCACCAUGUCCAAAACCAGAGCUUGUUGUAGGGCUCACCCCUCACUCUGAUGCCACUGGCAUAACCAUCCUUCAUCAGGUCAAUGGAGUGGAGGGUCUGGAGAUAAAGAAAGAUGGGGUUUGGAUUCCUGUGACCUUUCUUCAAGAUGCUUUUGUAGUUAAUGUUGGUGACAUUAUGGAGAUUCUAAGCAAUGGGGCCUACACCAGCAUAGAGCAUAGGGCUGCAGUGAACAAGGAAAAGGAGAGGAUUUCUAUUGCUAUGUUCUUCAACCCCAAAUUUGAGGCAGAGAUUGGACCUGUCAAAAGUUUACUAAGUUCUGAAAACCCCCCUUUGUUCAAAAGCAUGCUGAUGGAAGAUUAUUUUAAAGACUUCUUCUCCCGCAAUCUCAAUGGCAAGUCACAUUUGGACAAAAUGAGGAUUCAAAGUUAA